AUGAGAGAACGCGUUCCACAUAGCCUCGGUGGACACGUCCUGAAUGUAGAUCUGCUGGGAGACCCAGGGAUGCUUCACCGGGCGAAGUACAGCCGUUUCAGGAACGAGUCCCUCGCAUCCUUGGAGGAAGAUGCGCCCGGCGGACCUCUGCGUCUUAAAGGUUCUCCAUCUUCUCAUUCCUCGACGCCGAACAUGCCUGUCGACGGUGUGGCCCUCGGGACGCCCGACAGCCCCGUCGCCCUGUGCACCUUGAUACCUCGCAUGGCCAACCUCAAGCUGGCCAAUCCUUCCACCUUACCUAGCUUGAAGAACUUCUGCCUGCGGACUAAGGAGGUGCCGAGGAUUAAACUCACAGAGUGUGCAACUGUUCCAAGUAGCCCCACCUCGCCAGAGGUCAACCUGACCCCUUGCCUGUCCUCUUCUUACCCCCGGGGAGACCUGGACAAGCCACCGAAGGCCAGCCCGAACCGCCAAGAGGGAAACGUUUGGCUGGGCGCAGAGGAAUCUGCUCUGUGGACCAAACAGGGCAAAGACCUGGGCGGCAAGAGGGGCGAAUCUGGUUUGGAGGCUGGGAUCUCCUACAGCAUCCGAUACAUGGGCUGUAUUGAAGUGUUGCAGUCAAUGCGGUCUCUGGAUUUUGGCACCAGGACCCAAGUCACAAGAGAAGCGAUAAGUCGGCUGUGUGAAGCGAUGCCAGGAACACAUGGGGCCGUCAAAAAGCGGAAGCCUCCGGCUAAAUUUCUGUCUCCAGUGCUUGGUAAAAGUAACCUUCAGUUCUCUGGCAUUAAUGUAAAACUGACCAUCUCAACAAGCAGCCUGACUCUAAUGAACGUUGAAACCCAACAGAUCAUUGCAAAUCAUCACAUGCAGUCCAUUUCUUUCGCCUCUGGGGGAGAUCCUGAUACAACAGACUACGUCGCCUAUGUUGCAAAAGAUCCCGUUAAUCAAAGAGCGUGCCAUAUAUUGGAAUGUCCCAGCGGGGUAGCCCAGGAAGUCAUCAAUACCAUAGGGCAAGCCUUUGAACUCCGGUUCAAGCAGUACUUGAAGAAUCCGUCUACCUUGAUUGCUUCCAAUGAAAGUGAGGUGGUGAAUCUAGAUGGAUCAACAUGGAACAUUCAGGAGAAAGAGGAUCACGAAUACUACAAUGAAAUCCCAGGGAAAGAACCUCCCACAGGGGGUCUAUUGGACGUCAGGCUGACGACCACCGAGAGUCCUAAAUCCACAAACAUUUAUGAAAACUGCCCGGAGGAAUUCAAGGCUGUAGGGAACAUUUCUCUGUUGCUCCUAACUGCAGAUAACGGUAGUGAACAGCUUCAGAGGGCCAAGAAAGAUGCUCCGUUGUUGCUGGAAAACGCAAGCAAAGUUGACCUUUUCGAUGAUCCUCGAUACAUCAAUACCCAGAAUUUGCAAGCUGCGCCUUGCGCUACCAGAAACUUAUCGGUACAGACCCGGGGAAGCCCAACUGGUUUGGGGUACUGUAAUUCUGCAUAGUUUCUUUUAAUUGCAGAAUCAUUGGAAGCUGUUGAGCAGAAUCUUUCCUGCAACGUGGCCAGCCUUGGAGGUGUUCCAGGCAUAAAGCAACAGCUGUGGAACGAAGAGUGCUACCACGGGAAGUUAACCAGGAAAACUGCAGAGAGCCUCUUAGUGAACGACGGGGAUUUUUUGGUGCGAGAAAGUGCAACGUCACCGGGCCAGUAUGUUCUGAGCGGGCUGCAGAGAGGUCAACCGAAACAUCUGUUGCUGGUGGAUCCUGAAGGGAAGGUGAGAACUAAAGACCACACAUUUGACAGUGUGGGUCACCUGAUUCGCUACCACAUGGAGAACAAAUUGCCGAUCAUCUCGUCCGGAAGCGAACUAAAUCUGAACCAGCCAGUGUGGAAAGGGACUGGGUGCUUGGACUACAGCAAAUAA